GAGAGAGAACUAUGGGAGGAUAUAUGGGAGGGAGUGGUGGGAAGAAAGAGAAAGAAGAAUAAUGUAAUUAUAAUUUCAGAAAAUAAAAAUAUUACAUUUAAAAACAAGUUCUAAAAUUUAAAAAAAAAAAUAAAGCCUCUUGUGUUAAAAAAAAAAAAAAUUAUCUCAUGCUGUCUUUAGUUCACAAGAGAUGUAUUCUUUGCCCACUUCUGUGGUGUGGGACCUAAUAUCCUAAUGAACAGAUGGGGGGAAAAAAAACAUUGGAAUGUAUUAACAAAACCGUAUCAACCAAAGGUCCAAGAAUGGUAUCAGAUAGCACCUGAGGCCUGUAGCUGAGAUCUAUCCCUGUCUGUAACCUGUCUCUCUGUUAACAAGGUUUUGUUGUUGUUGUUGCUGUUUUUUGUUUUUGUUUGUGUUUGUGUUUUUUGGUUGUGAGCCUAGCCUUUAAUGGCUGAGCCAUCUCUCCAUCCCCAUCAAUGUAUUUUUACAAAUGCCUUAAUUUAUGACUUUCUUUGUUCUGUAACUAUAGAUACUUCAUGAAACUGCCUCCACAUUGAAACAUAGAAUUUGGUGGAGUAACCUAAAUCUGUGUUUCUGGGCCAUGAUGACUCAAAUUUGCCUCCCGAAUAAACUGACUCUUGUUUGUUUUGAGGUGAGAGCUGUGUUUUUACAUCAACAGUAACUGUAGUCCUCAUACUGUGCUUGAGAGUUCUAGACUCACUCAUCUACAGUCCUCAUACUGUGCUUGAGAGUUCUAGACUCACUCAUCUAUAGUCCUCAUACUGUGCUUGAGAGUUCUAGACUCACUCAUCUACAGCCCUCAUACUGUGCUUUAGAGUUCUAAACUCACUCACUCAUCUACAGCCCUCAUACUGUGCUUUAGAGUUCUAAACUCACUCAUCUAUAGCCCUCAUACUGUGCUUUAGAGUUCUAAACUCACUCACUUAUCUACAGCCCUCAUACUGUGCUUUAGAGUUCUAAACUCAUUCAUCUAUAGCCCUCAUACUGUGCUUUAGAGUUCUAAACUCACUCACUCAUCUACAGCCCUCAUACUGUGCUUUAGAGUUCUAAACUCACUCACUCAUCUACAGCCCUCAUACUGUGCUUGAGAGUUCUAGACUCAUUCUUCCCACUUAAUUGCACCUUCAUGCCUUUUGACCAAUACCGCCCCCCUCCACACUGGUGAUUAUGUAUUUGAGUUCCUUAGAUUUUAUAUAUGAGAUCACAUAAUAAUUUUUUUCUGUCUAGCUUAUUACACUUAACAUAAUGUCCUUCAGGUUCAUCCAGAACAAAAACAAGCAAGCAAGCAAGCAAGCAAAAAAACGGUCUGGAUGUGCAUCCAGGCUGGUCUCAAACUUGUGAGUCUCCUGCCUCAGCCUUUCAGGUUCUGAGAUUACAAGACCUGUAGCACCAUACCUGCUUUCUCUUUUUUUGUUUAAUGACUAAAUGAAAUCCCCAGAUAUGACCAUUUCUUUACUUAUCUGUCACCUGAUGCUUAGGUGGCUUCCAUAGUUUGACUCUUGGAUGAACAUGGAACACAGAAUCUCUUAACUUCCAGAUUUCACUUUCUUUUGAGCGUGCAUACAAAUAGUUGGAUUGGUAGGUCAUUUGUACUUCUAACUUCCUUUAAAGAUUUGUUAUAUUUUUUAUAUUUUUUGCUAUAUAUAUUUGAUGUGUUUUUUAAAUUGCGUGUCUCUAUCUGUGUGCAUGUAUGUGAAUGCUGGCCACAAAGAAGGCAUCAGGCACUCUGGAGCUAGUUUAGUUACAGGUGUUUGUGAGCCACCCGGUGUGGGUGCUGGGAAUUGAAGUUGGCAAGAGCACUGUGCCCUCUUAGCCACCGAGCCGACUCUCCUGCCCUCCUAUUUUUAAUUCCUGAGGAAGUCCUGUGUUGUUUUCCAUAAUGCCUAUACUAAUUUACAUUCCCACCUACCAAUACCAGAUCACCAAAAUAGUCACCAAGAGAAUCCAUGAAUGAAAUAACUAAUUAAAGCUCCUGCUGGAGAAGACAGAAAUAAAAAACAGCCUUGAGGGGGAAAAAAAAAAAGUGGAGAACUGCAAAUUGAAAAGGUAGGAAAACAAUUAGGAGUCACAUGGCUAGCUCCCUCCUUCAAUUAAGGAGCCAAGGGGGCAGCUCUCACUCUGGAAUAAAUGAAGAAACCUGGGUGAACCCGAACCAGAUCGACAAGGAGGAAGAGAGAGGUCGGGGGUGGGGAGCAAAUCAGGAACACAAACUCCAGGAGGAAACUACUCCAAUGGAGCGCUUUGUCCAAGUUCCGUACAGUUUCCACCAAGGCUAUGGGAGCACUCUGCCUGUGAGCCAGCCUGGCCUCUGGAGACACUGUAAACAGCAAGACUGGAGGCAAAACCUGGGCCCUCCUGUUUUCCUAGCCAGGCCAGGGCCUACACUACCAGCAAAUGCCUCUGAGUCCUGCGUCUACCCUUACAAGAGGGCUCAGCUUCAGGCCAUUCUCACCCGGAUGAACCCCAACCUGAGUCUGCGGCUCUGCCAGGCCAACACUAAGGACGUGGCUGUGCAGGUGAGCCUUCGGGUGGACAAGGCGGUGCAGUGCUCACUGGGACCUCAGACCCUCUACAGCGGCUCCCUCUGGGACAGAUCCAGCCUCGGGAAGCCCCCAGAAGCUUCCUGGAGGAGAGCCUUGGUCCAGCUGCCCAAGGAGGAGGGACACAGGGAAAGCCUAGAGCUUACGGCCAGUCCAUACACAUCGACGAAGCCAGAUGGUGACAAGCAGGAGAACCUCCCACAGCUGAAGGAAGUCGGGGAGGAAGAUGCCCCCAGCCCUCGGCAUGGGAAAAGCAAGCUGGUAGGUGGAAACAGUCACAGGCCACUACUUAAGCCCUCUUUUCAGUUUUUGGAGCCAAAGUACGGCUAUUUUCACUGUAAAGAUUGUAAGACCAGAUGGGAGAGUGCUUACGUGUGGUGCAUCUCUGGUACCAAUAAAGUUUAUUUCAAACAACUCUGUUGCAAGUGCCAAAAGAAAUUUAAUCCUUACAGAGUGGAAGCAAUCCAGUGUCAGACCUGCUCAAAAUCCUGUUGUUCCUGUCCUCAGAAGAAAAGACACAUUGAUAUCAGGAGGCCACAUCGCCAGGAACUUUGCGGUCGCUGCAAAGACAAGAGAUUCUCCUGUAGCAAUGUUUACAUCCUGUGACAGCAGCCGUGGUGUCUGGUUAAUAGACUUGGCAGUGGGGUGCGCCUCUGCGCAAGUCGGUUCUGACUGGACGAUGGCGAAAGGUGUAAGCUUUUGCCUUUGGGGUAGGUUGGAAACAGUUGUACAAUGUGAGUAGAAUAAAAUAAAUGCAUGUGA